ACAAAUACUUUAAGAAUUGAAAAGAUUUUAGAUUUAGAUAUUUUUAUUAGAGAUAGUGGUAAUCAAAUAACCAUUGAAAGCAAUCCAAAUCUUUUAGAAAAAGACUCUAAUAUAAUAAUUCAGUUUUUAUCAUAUAUAUUUAAAAUUCAAGUAGAUUUUUAUCAAA